AUGCAGAAUUGCUCGACUGUACUUCGAACUAAUAGAGGUAUAUCUACACUCCUAGAUCUCUCAUUGGCAAUAUCUUUUAUGUUUACUGGUAUAAAGCGUGUUUUACUUGGAGCUAACUACUUUAUGAUGAAUUGUGGUAUUUCAGAGUGUAUUUACUGCUUAACUAGUGUCGGUGUUACAAUUAUGACAUCAAGUCAUAAAUCAGCUUUAGGACUUCCUACUAAAUUAGCUCCAUAUCGAUCUGACACAGUUUACCCGGCAAUGAUAGCUACUACGCUAUCCCAAUAUGAAUAUGUUCUUAUAUGUGAUAAAUCCAACAUCCGAGUGUCUGGAUCACCACAUGAAUAA